GAUGACGACGAGCGACGGAGAGACUGGCGCCCGUGUCCGGCGGCCGUGGCCGAGGUCAAACAAACCGCACCGCCCCGCGCGCUCCCCCCAACACCGCAGGCCGCCGGCUCUCUCUCGGUUAAAGUUACCCCCCACCCCUACCACACCACCUCACCUCACCGACAACAUGUACAAACUGGACCUGAAGGAGGCCGCCGCUCUGUCCAGAAGGAGAGACCUGGAGGUUCAGAGGCAGAACAGGAUUUUUAACGCCAAAGUCAGAUUAAUUGGGGUCGAUAAACAAGCUUUGGAUACCCAAGUCAGAGAUAAUCAAAUUCAGAAGGAGAAAGAGUCCGAAAAACAUGAAGCCUUUGCAAAAGACUUAAUUAAACACGACCAAGCAAUGGUUCUCUUGGAUGAGCGUUACAAAAAAGACAUGAAAAACUUAAACAAGGCCAUCAUUGAAUUCCGUCAAGAGUACCAGAGACCUGAGAUGCGUCGUGAGUUCGAUCUUUAUGACCCACAGGCUUUGAAGAAAAGUCUUCCUGCCCGAAUUUCGGACGAUGACCCUCGCUGCACCAUAUCCAGCAUGCAGAAGCUUGUAGGGGAAGACAUAAAGCAGAGAGAACGAAUAAAACAACAGCAGGAACAAUUCAGGGAGUGGUCGCUUGCCCAGCAGAAUGAGCUCAAGAAAGCUCUUGUAGACAAGAAACAUGCAGACAGUCUGUUCGACAAGAACAGGAUAGAUUUGGAUCGAAGAGCUUGUGAACUGCAAACGAUGGAAGAACAAACCAGGAGAGCUGUUACAAUAACAACAAAAGAUUUCAAUAGAGCACAGGCAAUGGAAAAUGCUGUGAGAUGCAAGCUUGAAAAGCAACAAACUGAAGAUGACAAUUUAACGGAAAUUAAAAAUCAGCUUCGUGGCGACUUAUUGUCAGAAAAUCCAAAGCAGGCAAUAAGUGCGUUUGGUGAGAAACAUGUUAUUCCAAGCCACUGGAAAGGGAUGUCACGAGAGGAAUUGGAUGAUAUCUAUCGUACCCAGAAAGUUCAAGUCGAGGAGAAGAAGCGGCUGAAUGAGGAAGAAAGGCAACGUAAUGCCGAAUGGGACAGGAACCGGGUCAAUGAUGCUCGAGCAGCCAUUCUUUUCGAACGUCAGCAGAAGCGGGAAAACCGGCAAAUACGCAGAACUUUAGACUGCCACAACAGCCAUCUGUGGAAGGAGCGCAACGCACGAGAGAACUUUCUUAAAAACAAUGUCUACGUCAAUGUUCCAACCUGCAAGUAUUUUGACCAAUUCAACACCACCACCCGUUGAUGAGGUCCUUUUUUUACAAAGGAUGUUUAUUUAACAGAACUGUUCAUUUCGUAAGGAUCGUUUGUAACAGGCCCCUCUAAUAUCCAUGCAGUUCGUAUCUGUCUGUGUCUUAUUGUGACACACACCUUUGCUGCACUGUGGCAUCGCGCAGUUCUGCUAAAUUUUAAAAGAAGUUUUAAAAUUAGUAAGGAUCAUUUUAUUCUCUUAAAAAAAACUGUUUCUUUCAUAGAUGAUGUCACAUGCUUUUCUAUAUUUGUUAGCGGUGACAUUACUUUCUAGUUGAUCAGCAGUUUAAUCAAAAAAUGUUAAGUGAUUCCCUGCGGAUGUUUGCUUUUCUUGACUGC